AAGGGAGAGAGAGACAGGAUGAGGGGCACUUUACCACUUUUAUAUGUUGCACGCAUCCAUAGCAGAAAACAGAAGGAAGACAGAGUACUAGUACUACAAAGGCUCAAGAAGAAGAGAGAAAAGAAAGAGAAGAGAAAAAAAAAAGAAGAAAAACCCAACCCAAAGUAAAGCCAUAGAAACAAGAAGAAAGGAAAAGAUGGUACCAAAAAUGGGAGUUGAGGUUCCAAUAACAUCCAAGAAUUGAAAGCAAAAGAAAGCGCAAGUAGAAGAAGCUGAGGUUGGUGCUUGAGAAGAUGGAUUUUUCUUAUGUUCUUGAGCUAAGUCUUGCAUGGUAGGAGGAAUUCUUUUUUUAUAUAUAUAUAGAGAAAGUGUAUCCUCCAAAAUUUGAGUUGGUCUUACUAUAAAAUUUGUCUCUUUUUUAACUUCUUCUUUGUAGUAUUCAAACGAACCCAUCUCUGUUUUUUGUUUGAAGUUUCUUCCUUUUUUUUCUCUUGUCUAACCGGUGGGAGGUGGUUUAUUGGUUAUUGGAAACUGGAGAGUUUUGGGUUCUUGGGUUUUUGGAGGGUACUUUUGUUCUUGAUUUUCUUAGAUGAAGGCCAUGCCCCAACCCUUUGAGGAGUUUCAAGGGAAGGGGGCGUUAGAUUUCUCUUCUUCUACUUCUUCUUGCUCAGAUUCAUCACUGUUACUCCAAAACCAACAUCAUCAACAAGAGGAAAAGUGGCAAAGCAACAACAAGGAAGGCUGCUGCUAUGUGGGCAGUGAGCCCACAUCUGUCCUUGACACUAGAAGAAGCCCAAGUCCUCCAACAUCUUCCUCAACACUGUCUUCCUCUCUGGGCGGAAGCGGAGGCGGCGGAGGAGGCAGCGGUGCCUCCACGGACACCACCGUCGUGGCGGCAAUUCCGGCUGUCUCCGGCAACAACAACAGCCAGUCCGUAGAUAUUGGAACGGAAAAAUGUGGUUUGGGUAUGGAGGAUUGGGAGAGUGUGUUGUCCGGUUCUCCUAGUCAAGAACAAUCCAUUUUGACGCUAAUUAUGGGUAAUAUUGAAGACCCUUCCAUGGGCUUAAACAAGAUUCUUCAGUCGGGUGCUGGGUCUCAAGAUAUGGAGUUCAAUGCAGGUUUUGGUUUGGUGGAUCAAGGUUUUGCCUUUGAGUCCAUUGCUAGUGGUGGCAAUUUGGUAAGCAACAAUGACCCUCCUCUUGCUGGAAGUUGCUCUGAUUUUACGAGGCUUGGGACGGUUUCAACCCCAACAAAUCCCGUAUUUACAUCUUCACCUCCCAAUCUUUUGCCUACUCCACUCCCUCCUGGUGCCUUUCCACCACAACAGCAGCAGCUGCAGCCCCUUGAAGCUUUAGAUGAAAAGCCACAGAUUUUUAAUCCCCAGGUGAUAAUAAACCAAAAUCAAGCUCAGUUUACGCAAAACCCGGCUAUGUUCUUGCCACUUUCAUAUGCUCAAUUGCAAGAACAUCAUCUUUUAUCACCACCACCACCAAAGAGACUCAACUCUGGCUCGAGUGCACCAAAUUAUCAGGUCCCAAGGGUUCCGUUUCCGGGUUCAGGGCAGGAGCUUUAUCUUAGGCGCCAGCAACAACAGCUCCAGAUGCUUCAGCAAAGACCAACAACAAUUGGAAUGGCAGCAGCAGCGAAACCGAAAAUAGUUAGUGAUGAAUUGGCGAACCAGCAGCUUCAGCAGGCGAUAAUUGACCUACUAAUCCAGGCCGCAGAGCUGAUCGAAACCGGGAAUUUGGUACUCGCGCAAGGGAUAUUGGCGCGGCUCAAUCACCAGCUCUCUCCUGUAGGUAAGCCCUUUAUCAGGGCUGCUUUCUACUUCAAGGAGGCCUUACAGUUACUCCUUCGUUUGAACACUACCAACAACACAUCGGCUUUGUCCACGUAUAACAUGAUUUUCAAGAUUGGCGCUUACAAGUUGUUCUCUGAGAUUUCUCCAAUCGUUCAGUUUGCCAAUUUUACUUGCAACCAAGCGCUUCUUGAGGUUUUUGAAGGGUGUAGUAGAAUUCACAUUAUUGAUUUCGAUAUUGGGUAUGGUGGGCAAUGGGCUUCUUUGAUGCAGGAACUUGUCUUGAGAAGUGGUGGAGCCCCUUCUUUGAAAAUCACUGCCUUUUCUUCUCCAUCCACUCAUGACGAGCUGGAACUCAGUUUCACACAGGAUAAUCUUAAACACUUUGCUAGCGAAAUCAACAUGGCUUUCGAGAUUGAAAGAAUGAGUCUUGAAGCCUUGAGUUCUGGUUCUUGGCCGUUGCCACUGCACUUACCUGAAAAUGAAGCAAUUGCAGUUAAUCUGCCCAUUGGUUGUUUUUCUAAUUACCCUUCAACCCUCCCUCUGGUCCUUCGUUUUGUAAAGCAGUUGUCACCCAAAAUUGUGGUCUCUUUGGACAGGGGUUGCGACAGAACUGAUGUUUCAUUUCCUCACCAUGUAGUCCAUGCCCUCCAAUCUUAUUCCGGCCUCCUUGAGUCCCUUGAUGCUGUGAAUAUGAAUCUUGAUGCCUUGCAAAAGAUUGAGAGGUUCUUGCUUCAACCUGGUAUCGAGAAGAUUGUCUUGGGUCGACAUCGGUCCCUGGAAAGAACACCUCCUUGGAGGAGUCUCUUUGUACAAUCUGGAUUCUCUCCAUUGACUUUCAGUAAUUUCACGGAGUCUCAAGCUGAGUGUUUGGUACAGCGGACUCCAAUUAGUGGUUUCCAUGUGGAGAAGAGGCAGUCUUCACUUGUUCUUUGCUGGCAGAGGAGAGAGCUAAUUGCUGCUUCAGCUUGGAGGUGCUGAGGAGUGGAGUUUUUAGAUAUUGGUUCUUUACCAAUUCAACUUUGCUGCGAAGGUGCUUCAACCUUCAUAACUUACUGCUUUUAGUUUCUGAUCUUUUUUUUUCCGCUUUUUUUCUUUUUGAUUUUUGUUGCCUGUGGUUCUCUUAAGCUAAUUGUCUAUGUGCCUUAGGCCCUAUUGUUUCCAAUCAAGAAACCAAACAUUUUAGUAACUGGAUGGCUUUGUACAGUCCUUUUUCUUAUUUUCAGCCUCAUCCUUUGGAUUUGGGUACAUCUGUGAACUGUUUUGGUUCUUUUUCCUGCGAUUGUUUGUUGUACACUUGACAACAAGGCAAAACAAGUUUAUGGGAACAGGAGAAUGAAUUUGACCUCAUAAAUUAAA